AUGGAAUUCGUUCCUGAAAAAGGCAAACACGUCAACGGCGACUCUUCCACUCUGCUCCUGCCGGCUUUGUCUAUUGGAAAUGUGGGGCAGCUUGCAGUGGACCUCUUAGUUGCGUCAACGAGAGCUGAGAGAAUUGGGUAUUUGGAUACUCCCUAUGUGCUUCCAUGCGUUGGCAACGACGCAUAUGGGCCUGUUCCAAAUGGCGAGCUUGCUCUCCCUCUUGAAGCUUAUGAUUCGUCUGCUAAUGCAAUGACUUUAAUCCAACAAAGGUCUCCUGUUGUUAAGGGAAGGAUGAUUGAAUUUGCUAAAAACUUGGCUGAUUAUGUUGCUGCUAGUGGGAAGAAGCAUGUUGUCGUGCUCUCAAGCUUAGAUUUUGGGAGGUGGCAGAGAGUUGAUAUGUCAAGUGGUUUGCAGACGCUUUACCUGUCUAGCACCAAUUCAGAUGGAACAGAUGAUUACUGCGAACAGCUUGGGUGGAAAAAACUGCAGGAAUAUAAACCCACUCAGAAGGCUUGGAAGUAUCUCAGCACAUUAGCUGAAGGCAAUGCCAUACCAGAGAGCAUCUUGCCCUUUGAAGGUGAACUAGAAGAAGAAGAAUAUUACUACCCGAGCUUGCCUUUUGCCGCACUCUUUUCUUGUCUCAAGGCCAAAGGAUUGAAGGUCACAUGCUUAUUUUGCUACUGCUCAGAAGGGGACAACAUACCUGAUGCUUUCCAUUUGGCUGAGGCAGCAUGCAAACUUCUGGACUUGAGUCCCAGUAAUUUCCAGGGCAACAGCAAUGAUAAAUGGGUUAUUCCAUUGUCUUGGAAGACUCUGUAUGGACCACCGGCAGACAUGUCUCUCUUUUAG